AUGAAUUAUUCAACAGUUAAUAUUCUUGAUCUAUCUGACGAUAUGGUGCUGACUAUUUUGAAUAAACUCAAUAAUAUUGCUGUAUUAUAUUCAUUGGUAGAAGUCAAUCGAAAACUCGAUAGAUUGACACAGGACAUUACUUUUACACAAUCUAUUGAUUUAAUAGCAAUAUCAUCAAAUGAACACAAUGAUUCAAAAAACAAGUCAAUACUCGAUCGAUUUUGUGUUGAUAUCGUACUUCGAAUUCAACACAAUAUUGAAUCUUUUACUCUUAAUCCAUUGUCAAUUGAUCGUGUUCUUUCUAUUGUAAAUUAUUCUAAACUUCAUAAACUAACUCUUGUUAAUUUUCAACUGGAAGCGGCAUCCCAUAUUUUCAAUGACGGAUCAUCAUUUGUUCAUAUUUUCAAACAACAGAUUUCAAAUCUUACUAUUUUAUAA